GUUCAGGGGCGGAGGGAGGGAAGCGGCAGCCGCCCCCCAGCUCCCCACGCCUGCCCAGCUCUGGGCCCCAUGGAGCUGCUCCAGCGACACCUGCCCGGGCUGCACCGCGUCCUGCGGGGGGCACUGGAUUACGUCUCCAGCUUCUCCACCUACCUCUUCGGGGACCAGGCACACCCAGGCGCAGAGGAUCAUGGGAAAAGCGGGGAGACUGACUCCCCCAACCACCGCAAGGGGGUGUCAACAGGAGGAUAUGGGGAAAGAGACCCAGAGCAUUAUGGGGAGGAGGCGCUGAGGAGGCAGCAUGAGGACGCUGGAUACCCGGCCCUGCAGGUACGUUGGGGGCAGGUGCCUGG